AUGGGUGCUUGCAGUAAGGCCCUGACUGAGGGUACUUUGGUGAUGGGCCCAUUGCUGGCAGUAACAUGCUCUGGUGAUGGCCAACCCUCUGACCUUUGGCAGUGGGCCCAUCCUUCAUAUUACACUCUUGGCGAUGGGCCCACUGCUCAGCAGUACUCCUAUGGUGGUGGGCCCACUGCUCAGCACAUCACCUAUGGCGGUGGGCCCACUGCUCAGAACAACACCUAUGGUGGUGGGCCCACUGCUCAGAAGUACCCCUAUGGUGGUGGGCCCAUCACUAAAUAA